GGAGUUGCAAUCAACAGGCAUCAUUUCCUGAUUGUGACUGGGAGACAGAGCUGCGGGUGUGCCACAGUGGAGAUAAAAACGGAACAAAGCCGUCACAGCAUAUCCUGGAGUCAAGAGAGCAUUUUGACGUACCACAAACAGCAAAGUUCAAGGAAGAUCCAGAAGAGAGGCUCAGGGGGCCGUGAUGAUCCUGCCGUCCCUGGCCCUGCUCUGUGUUGGGCUGUGUGUUGGCCAAGGAGAGUGGACAAUAGAUGAGUCACUCCUCAGGCCCUCCAUCAGUGCCAGGCCCAGCUCGGUGGUUCCUGCUCAGAGUAACGUGACACUGCGAUGCUCAGCUCCUGCCAGGGGGGUCCAGUUUGUUUUCUUGAAGGGAAAGUAUUCGGUGGACACCUUGGGAUUUGCUAAUUCCCCGGAGGUCCUGGAGGAACUUCGUCUCACUGAUGUACCAGCCAGUGCUGCUGGGGAGUACACCUGUCAGUAUUACAGAAGAGUGAGCCCCAGCAGAAGGUCACCACCCAGUGAUGUCCUUCUGCUACUGGUGACAGGAUGUUCACCUAAACCUUCCCUCCAAGCCCACCAUGGGGGCAAUGUGACUGCAGGGGCAAACGUGAGUCUUCAGUGCCAGCAGCCGAGACAUGCGACUGACUUUAACAUGUUUGCUCUACUGAAGAAAGGCACUCCUAUGCCCACACAGCUCCGGAGUCAAGAAGGGAGGCAGACAGACUUCACCCUUCAAAGUGUGACUGUCGGUGACACUGGGAACUACAGCUGUGUGUACUACCAAGCAAAGGCUCCUUUCUGGGCCUCAGAGCCCAGUGAUCAGCUUGAGAUCUGGGUGACAGAUAAAACAGAGCCUCCCAGGACAGCAGGAAGAACACUAGGGACCACUGAAAUCAUCCUCAUUGCCGCCUUCGCCGCACUCUUCCUCCUCGCAGCCUUCCUCAUCUGCAAAUGGAUCUGCUGUGGGGCAGCUCUAAACAAGAAGACAAAACGCUCCUGCUCUUCUAAGAAACCUGAAGAAGUUGUGACAGAUGCGUCUACAGCUAUGAUGAGCCGCUCUCCUGCCCUGGAUGAAGGAUCUCAGGAGUCAAGAGCUGAGGAACCUCACGGAGUGACAUAUGCUGAGCUGAAUGCCAAAGCCCUGAGGGAGGGCCCUUCCAGCCUGGUGACGCAGCCUCUGGAAACCUGUGUGUACUCAACCCUUAAGACACAGCCAGGAGGAGAUCUGGAUCCGGGAGGAACCUCCAACAAGGGCCUGGACAAUGGGGCAGAAGCCCCUUGGGCGACUAGACAAAUGGGGAUGCCUUUCCUCAAAUCUCCAAUGUAG